AUGGAGUUCCAAUACAAGAAAGAAAUUUCAUUGAAGCACUUCAUGAAAGGAAAGAGAUUCUCAGUAGAGUUGAAUCAUCUCGAGAGUACAGAGAUAAAUCAAAAACCAAAUUUGCAGUAUUUAUACUUCCCAAAAGUUUUGUCAAGAUAUUUGUACUCAAAAAACAAAAAUUUCUUAGUAUCUCUAGUUCCAACUUAUUAUUCUCAAAACAUUUUCAUUGUCACGAUGUUCUGUAAAUCGUUUGAAAAUGAUAUUUUACAAGAUGCAAUGAAAUUCAUUGUUGAUGACUUGAAAAUGAAUAUUCAAUACAAAAUAGAAAAUAUAGAGUUCUCAUUUGACGAUAUUUCAACAAGAAAUGCAAUAGAAAACUUGAUAGAGAGGAAUCUCGAAGAAAACAAUUGGAUAUAUGUGUAUUUCGAAAGAAGAUACUUAGUUAAAUUUGAUGAUAUCAAUGAUGUCUCAUUCGCUGAUUUCUCAAUGAACGUAGAAAUAAACUCAAGAAAGAUUGUCGAAAAUAAAUCAUUCUCUAAGUUGAAACUGAACGAAAUGAAGAAAGAAAAAGAGAAAUCAUGUGUAAAUAUUCACUCGAAGAUUGUGAAAAUUGGAUACAAGAGAUUUGUUGAAAACAAAAAAUAUUUCGAAAUCGAAAGAAUCUUCUCAUUGCCAAGAUUUUCUUUUUGUUACUGUCAUCGCAUUGUUCAAAGAUCGGAAUGGAUGAGAAAGUACUGGUUCUUCAUUUAUGGAAUAAAUAUCGAUAUGAAUGAAACAAGAGAUGUUGUUUGUUCAUUCACAGGAUGUGAAGAUGAUUCGAUGUUCGAAUAUCCAAUCGAAUGCAUGUUUUACACACCUUUCUACGAGAAAUACUCAAAACUUUCACAGAGCGAAAUGCAGCAACAAAUAAAUCAGCUCAAUAAAAUCUUCUCUGAUACUUUAUCAAUCUUUUAA